CAACAUAAACUGUUUGCAACGGGCGUAUAAAAUAAGCUGUAACUGUGCAAUUUCAAACGGACCACAUUAGAGCAUUAUUAGACACAAUGAGCAGCAGUGACGGUGGUGAAGUGGUGCUCGUUACGGGUGGCAGUGGAUUUUUGGGUCAACAUAUCAUUAAGCUGCUGUUGGAACAGCGUCACGAAUUGGGCAUUAAGGAGAUACGAUCACUGGAUAUUGUGCCGUAUAGGAACAACAUUGGACAUGUGGAAUCUCCAAUGCUUCGCUCAUUUGUGGGCGAUAUUGCUGGCGAUCGUGAGAGCUUGAACAAAGUCUUUGCCGGAGUUGAUGGCGUGUUUCAUUGUGCAGCAUCGGUUGAGAUUGAAUAUCCACCCAACUAUGCCGAACUAGAGCGGGUGAACAUAAAUGGCACCCGAGCUGUGGUGGAUCUGUGCAUCCAGAACAAUGUGAAACGCUUGGUCUACAGCAGCUGCACUUCGGUCUGCUUUGUGCCUUUUAAGGGACGCAGCACCUUCUCGGCGAUAAUCAAUUCCACAGAGUCCAAGACGGACACGCCUACAUUGGAUAGCUCGAAGUUGUGGGAACAGGAUAACGAGUUUCUUAUUGCUGGCUACGCUUCCAGUAAGCUGCGAGCGGAAAACAUUGUGCUUAACUCCAAUGGAGCACCACUCCUAAAUCAGUUGGAUUAUCUGGCCACCAGUGCGAUACGUGCUCCUCUUACCUACGGCGAAUGCGAUUCACAUUUCAUCACGAACACCUUUGACUACCUGUCCAAACGUGAUUGGGUUUUUCCUCGCAUUGCCGGAGUUGGUGGCAAGCAGCAGUUGGUCUACGCUGGCAACGUUGCCUGGGGUCACAUUUGUGCCUACAAAGCGCUUAAGGUGUCCACCAAAGCAGUCAAUGGACUGCCAGUUUUUGUCACCGAUGAUACGGGCAUUAACGAUGUUUCGCGUUUCAUACAAAAGAUGGCGCUGAUGGGAGAACGCUUUAAGGUCAAAACCAGUUGGUGGUAUAUCCCCCACUUUCUGUUCUUUUUCCUGGCUUUUUUGUUGGAGUUUGUAAUCCGCGUGGCCUUCCCUUAUACCAAAUAUCGCCUACCUUUCUCGAUACGCUCCAUCGCCUCCUUCACGUCCUCCAUGCUGAUGUAUAAUCGACUGCGCGCCUCGAUUCACAUGGAUUAUAUGCCUCUUUACGAUCCCGACAUCAGCGCUGAGCGCAGUGCCAAAUGGUAUGCCAAGUGGUGGGAUGAGAAACAGCAGACCAACAAGUCCAAAAAGGCGAGAUAGGCUCUGUCCGAAUAUAUAUCCAUCUGUUAUACUUGUUUUACUUUACUGUGCUUUGUUUUUGUUUUAAUUAGUCAAAUUAUAAUAAAAUUGGGAAUUGUUUGAUAAUCAUU